AUGGAUUCAAAAUCCAUGGGAACCAAAGAAAAAGCCCCUCCCCGCAAGAAGGCCUGCCAGAAUUGCACGAGCUCCAAAGCCCGAUGCGGCCUCGAGAAGCCGACCUGCUCGCGAUGCCGGGCCCGCGGCAAGCAUUGUCGGUAUCCCGCGGUUUCGCACGUACAUCGAUCAAGUCCUGCGACUUUAGAUGACAGGAACUCAGCAGAAGAUAGUCUCAGCUUUGAGCCAUCACUUGCGGACUUUUCCACUAUCCCAACAGCAGCAGCGUUUCCGGGUCCUGUGUCUGGCUAUGCGUCGGAUAUACCGCAUAUCUACUCUCAGCAUGAACCUACGCAGACGGUGGACACCGAUCUGAAUUUUGAUUAUGUUGACCUCGUGCCAAUGGCAGACGCCGAAGAGAUCCGCGAUCGCUGGCUGCAGCCCUACCUUUUCACCGUAACGGGGCAUGUCCCCAAGCUGUUCAGCCCGUUUACCGUGCAGUUCCUCGUCUGCGUGCUUCGCUCAUACCCCAACUAUCUACUCGAUGAGGAAAGCCUUCCUCCAUUCAUUCACCCACUGCAACUCAGCAACAAACCGAUGCCCCGAACAAUAGCGAACUGCAUUUCUCUGGUGCGCAUGUGGAUGAACAGAGUUGCGGGAAGCGAGGCAAUGGUCUUGUCAACCGUCAGACAGGAGAUGGAGAGACUCUCCCGAGAGGACGUCACAAGCGACUUCGACACACUAUGUUCCUUCCAAGUAUACCUCAUUUACUUAAUAACGGCGUACUUCUCCCCAAUCGAAAACGUCUCCCUAGUAGAUGACCCAAGCAUGAUAACCCUCCAAGACCUCGCCUUCCGCACCGCAAAAGCAGGUCUCACCUGCAAAGCCGAGCUCUCGCGAAUGCGACCAACUUGGGAAUCCUGGAUCAUCGCUUCUUCCAAACGACGCACACUGUUCACAAUGUACCUCUUUACGAAUGUGUACAACGCCGACAAAGGUCUUCCAAAUUUCUUGUCUGAUGAGUUGAGGGAUAUUCUUGUCCCUGAGAGUAAGGCGCUAUGGGAGGCUUCUGAUCGGGGUUCUUGGGCGAGGGAAUAUAAUCGGCACCUGUCGAAAUGGGAGGAUGGGAUUAUUAUUAUUAUUAUUAUUAUUAUUCAUACACGCAUCUGUCAGCCCUAUAGGCCGAGUGGCGGCAGGUCCUGCGGGGCAGCCGGGUAA